AGAGAAACGAGUGUGGUCAUACUCGGCAGCUUGACCGCAGCAGUAGCUGAAGGGAGGGCGGGAUAAAACCCACCUACCUCAUCGCCCAAGGACUCCUCCCUUCCACGUCUAUUUUUGAACACUACGAGAUAACUGUCCCUCUAUCUUACAGUUAUUUUAUUGCAGAUCGAAUAUUCGUAGGUAUACUCAAUCAGGAACAUAAAAUGGGGAAAGUGCACAUCUGUUUGAAACGGAGUUUCAUUGCCGUGGCAAGUGUGAUUAUGAUCGUCAAUGUCUUACUGCUCGCAUGUGUCCUGAUUGUUCAUGGACUCUUCGUCAAUAGUCCAGAGCUUGCUUCACAGCUUAAAGACAUACAUUACGUGUAUGUCGUCCUCGUCAUACCGCUGGUCUUGGUCGUCUUUGGUUUGGUUGGUGUCUGCAAAAAGAAGAAAUGGGCUGUAAUAGUGUUCACAGCUGGAAUGAUCCUGAUGAGCCUGAUUUUGUUCCUCGUUUCAAUCGUCGCAUUGGGUAGUAAGUCUGAGAUGGCUAACGAAUUCAGAAAGGAUUACCAGGAUCUUGGUCCACUGUCUGAAACCAGUAAGGAAUUUCAAGAACAAUUUUCAGAGCAACAGGCACAAUUUCAGUGCUGCGGAUUAGCUCAUGGCUACAUGGACUGGGGCGACGAAAUCCCAUCAUCUUGUGAAUGCACUGGCCAUCCAGUGACUAAUCCAUGUGUGGAACUCCAAACACCAGACAACAAGGUCUUUAUGGUUUAUGAAAAGCCGUGUCUUCCGUACUUGCUGGAAGAAGAUAUGCAUUAUGCCAACGUCACGCUUGGAGUGACGAUUGCCCUCUCAAUGCUCUGGAUUCUGUCGGUGGUGUUGUCCAUUGUCGUCUUGUGCAAGUUCUUCGAGAAGGAACAUUCUCCAGGGGUGGUCUACCGUUCAUGAAAAAACUGAAGUAACGGUAACACUGUUGCUGCAGAACCUGGAAAAUCUCUCUCUCUUCUAUAUGGACUAGCUUUAACAGCAUUUACUGCACUGCAUAUCUAAAACCUAUAUACACUGCUAAAAGCUGGUGAUAUCUUGAGACUGUCGCCUUGUACUGUACACUGUGUGUUUAUAGCUUCUGUUUUUCACGUCACACACAUAUGAAGUUUUAUUUUGUUUUAUAUUUGUAGAUCGUCAAUAAUGCAGUAUUUUUAUGGUCCGCAUGGUUUUAUUCCAACAUUUCAGUGUCAUUUUAAUCAGUGAAUUAAAAAGUGACUAACAUAUGUGAUUAUCCUAUGUCUAGCGAGGUAACUGGCUAACUAACGAACUAACUAAAAAAUAAGAAAGAAAUGUAAUUGAUGCACUUAUUGUACAAUGGUGGAAAAAAAAAAAUAUUCAAAUAAAGUGUCCAUACUGGC